AUGUACAGUGUAAAUGAUCGUAUAUGUACAACGGAAAACAAUUACGGCACUGUUCGGUACGUAGGACCGCUUCCGGUGUGGGGAUCGGAAGUCAUAGCUAUUGGCGUUGAAUGGGAUGACCCAUCACUAGGCAAACACAGUGGCACCCUUGAGGGUGUACGGUACUUUGAGACCAGCGUGUCAAACAGCGGGACGUUUCUCAAGAGUACCAGUAAAAAAAUAUGCCGCGAACGGAACACAUUUGUCGAAGCGUUGAUAGGCUCAUACGGACACGCGUAUCAUCAGUUAAGUGUAACAUUUGGUAGCAAGAAGGUUGAAGACUAUGGAUUCAAGGAGCUAAGUUCGACCCAACAGCAGUAUGCAACAUUGCGGUCUGUUUCCUUAGACAAAAAAAAUAUCACUGGUUGCGGUGGUGACAACCAUGAUGGCUCAGACAUACUCGGUCUGUUGGCCAGCGUCAUUAGUUUAGACUUGAGCUACAACUUGUUGUCAAGUACCAAGGAGCUCUGGGACAUACUCAGACACAUGCCCUUGGUGGAGGAGGUGAACUUGAAUGGUAAUAGGUUCACUGUGUUUAGUAGAAGCGACUCGGGCGACGGGAAGUCAGUGGCGUAUCCCAGGACUAAGAGUUUGAAACUUGCUGGUACUCAUAUUAGCUUGGAUGAGUUACGGUCCUAUAUUCUUCCUGCGUUCCCCAAUUUAGAGGAGUUGGUUCUAGCAGGCAAUGGCUAUAGCGAGUGGGACAUCGUUGUUGAUGUAAAGUCCUUGCGACAUGUUGAUGUUUCAUUCAAUUCAUUGAGUGUGAUCCCUUCGAUCGACGUAGAAUGCUUGAACUUGGCCAAUAAUCGUAUUCGCAUAAAAGGAUCUCCUUUGGUCUUGAGUCCUCGGUGCACGCAAGUGGACUUGAGAUACAACGAUAUUUCCCACUGGGAGGAUGUUGAUGUUCUUGGAGACCGGUUUCCGUCGUUGAAGCGACUUCGGAUCAAUGGAAAUCCGUUGUUUGAUGAUAUUCUGGUGGAAGAUAUGACUUUAAAUGUCGUUGCAAGAGUAGGUGGAUUACUUUCAGUUAAUGGGUCUAUUGUAGAUGCUGAAGAGACACUCAACGCAGAGUUAUUCUUCGUAUCAAAGGUUAUCAAUGGUGACUACUGUUUCAAUAGAGCCAGUAAGAGAUGGACCCAAUUGAUCGAGAAACAUGGCAUUAAACAAGAAUCAUCAUCAUCCUCAUCAUCAACAACACCCACACACCACAGCUGCAUUACAAUUGGACUAAACAUAAAACAUACUGAUGGAACAAUUGCACUAGAAAGGAAGAUGCUCAAAUCUCACACCAUCUUGCGGGUCAAGGGGAUCUUAAGUGAGAAGUUAAGCAUGAGUUUGCUUGAUAUGAUACUCUUUUAUUACAUAGAUGACGACGAAAGCAGUACACGAAGAGUCCUUGAUGACAAUUUUGCUACUGUUGAUAACUAUGGGUUCAAAGAAGGUCAGACAAUUUAUGUCGCUAUUAAUCAUAACUAA